UCCGCUUGCUCAACAUAGGGCUGGCGCCUUGGUGCUUGGUGGGGAGUUGCUAAGAAAUUUUUGACAAAGCAUGUCUGAUGUGGCCGCGCGGCUUCCUCUUGCGUCUUCUCCUCCGCGUGACCGCUGGCGCCACUGCCCGCCACGCCUGCGCGCGCGUCCACCCGCUCCUCGUGAAGUCCGGCCACGCUUCCGACACUCGCCUCGCCACCGCGCUCGCCGACGCCUAUGCCAAGUCCGGCCUCGUCACGCACGCGCGCAGGGUGUUCGACGAAACGCCGCACAGGGACCUCGUGCUCUGGAACGUCAUGGUCUCCUGCUACUCCUCCCAUGGUCUGCUCCUCGACUCAUGGGCCCUCUUCGCCUCCAUGCGGAGGAGCUCCGGCCUCUCCGGCGACGGCUUCACCUUCAGUGCCUUACUGAGCGCCCGCGCUCCUCCUUCUUCCUGCAGCCAGUACCUGGGGCUCCUGGCGCACGGCCUUGUUCUCAGGCUGGGCCUCCAGCUGGACCUUGUCGUCGCCACCGCGCUCCUCGACAUGUAUGCAAAGUGCGGCCUGGUCGCUGAUGCUCGCCGGGUGUUUGAUGCCAUGCUACUAAGGAACUCUGUAUCCUGGAAUGCCAUCAUUGUCUGCUAUGGCCACCAUGAUGGAGGCAAGGAAGCACUGCAGAUUUUCGCGUCCAUGCUCAGGAAUGAUGAUGGGCGCUGUUGUCGGCCUGACGAGCUCACGCUUGCCAGUUUGCUUAGUUCCUGUGCCAACAUGGCAGCUGCCUAUGAGGCUACCCAGCUUCAUGCUUAUGCCCUCAAAAGGGGCUUACAAGGAUUUCUGCAAGUAGCCAACGCUCUGGUCAUGGCCUAUGGUAAGAAUGGUUUUCUUCAGCAAGCAACACAGACAUUUGCUACCAUCCAUAACCCAGACAUAGUUUCAUGGUCAUCCAUGGUUUCAUCUUUCGCCUACCUUGGGUGUGCCAAGAAUGCAAUCCAUGUGUUUGAAAGAAUGCUCCAACAAGGCGUGCGGCCUGACGGCAUUGCGUUUCUUGGAGUUCUUUCUGCCUGCAGCCAUGCUGGACUCAUUCAACAUGGCCUAAAGUAUUUUCUUCUAAUGACGACGGAUUACCAAAUUGAUCCAUGGCCGCAGCAUCUUGCUUGUCUGGUUGAUCUCCUAGGGAGAGCUGGCAGGGUUCAGGAUGCCUACAACAUUUUACUCAACAUCUCCUGCCAAACAAACAGUGAUGUAAUUGGAGCUUUCCUUGCUGCCUGCAAGACACGAGGCAACAUUGAGUUGGCAAAGUGGGCUGCUGAUAGGCUACUCGGUCUGGAGCCAAACGAGCCAGCAAAUUACCUGCUUAUAUCUAAUGCUUAUGCUGCUGCAGGAGCUUGGAGUGAGCUUGCAAAGGUAAGAAGUCUUAUGAGAAACGUGUGCAGCAACAAGGUGCCUGGUUGUAGCUGGAUAGAAAUAGGUGGAAAGGUUCAGACAUUUGUCUCCAAUGAUAUUUUGCUCCAACAAUCAACAAAUAUGCGACAAAUGAUGGAAAUUCUUGUUACAUUCAUGGAAAAAGAGAGCAAUGACGAUACUCUUUGUAAGGAUUCAGAUUUUAUUUCAGAACGGUUUUGAUGUCUCAAUAAAAAAUAUAUAUGGGUUAAACUGACAUCUGCAAUAUAUUGUGUCUGACCUUAUCAAUGUGGCAAUUGAACCAUUCUAAGGUUAUCAUAAAGACGAAGAUAGGAUACUAGAACCCUCAGGAAGGCAGAAAGUGGUCUCUUGCUUAUGCAGUUAUGCUUAUAUGUUGUGCUAAUAUGAAAAGGUGAGGAGGGUUAGCAGGUAGAUGAGGUGAUCCGUGAUCCUAAUCCACCGCUUUUUUCCCCGAGAUGGCCACGGCUGACAGUCGUGUUAGAAUAUUUCUCGCCGCUGCGAGAUGGUGGAGCGAAGACUAAUCAGUAUGUCGCUCUCCCCGAGCUCCUCUCUUCCGAAUGUCACCUAAGACAACAUGGCAGCUACUUAAGCAGCAGAUUAGUACCCCACGAAUUGAGCACUCUUAACUCAAUCGAUCUUUAAUUGACGGGCGACUAUUCUUAUCUCAGUCAUCAUAAUUGACGGACGAUGAUCGUGACCAUGAUGACUCUCUCUUGUGUGUGUGCUUGAUGCCUGUCGUCCUUCGCCCAUACUGUUUUCUCAGUGGAGCUUGUGGUGCUCCAUUUCUGGCUGGUUGCUGGAGGUUGGUGAGGCAGGUUCAGAUCUGGGCUUUUAGUGCGAUUCAAGUCUACAGGAUUCAGAUUAUUUCAGAACGGUUUUGAUAUCUCAGUAAAAAUAUAUGUGGGUUAAAUUGACAUCUGCAAUAUAUGGUCUCAGACCUUACCAGUGUGACAAUGUAACCAUUUUCAGGUUAUCAUAAAGACGGAGAUAGGAUACUAGAACCCUCGGGAAGGCAGAAAGUGGUCUUUUGCUUAUGCAGUUAUGCUUAUGUAAGUAUUUCAACAAUCAUAUAUUUCUAUCGCAGUGGUGCAAAUCGAUUUAUUACUUCUCAUGAACCUCCAGAUGUUGUGUUAUAAUAUGAAAAGUUAGGAGGAUUAGCAGGUAGAUGAGGUGAUCCGUGAUCCGUGAUCCUAAUCCGCCGCUUCUAUCCCCGAGAUGGUGACGGCUGACAGUCGUGUUAGGAUAUUUCUCACCGCUAUGAGAUGGUGAAGCGAAGACUAAUCAGUAUGUUGCUCUCCCCAAGCUCUUCUCCCCCGAAUGACGCCUGAGACAACAUGGCAGCAACUUAAGCAGCAGAUUAGUACCCCAAAAAUUUAGCACUCUGAACUCGAUCGAUCAUAAUUGACGGGCGACCGUUCUUAUCUCAGUCAUCCUAAUUGACAGACGAUGAUCACGAGCAUGAUGACUCUGUGUGUGUUCUUGAUGCCUGUCGUCCUUCGCCCACACUGUUUUCGCAGGCAAGCUUGUGGUGCUCCAUUUCUGGCUGGUGGCUGGAGGUUGGUGAGUCAGGUCCAGAUCUGGGCUUUUAGUGCAAUUCAAGUCUACAGGCUGUAUUGUCCAUGCAUAUGACUCUGGUAUUACAUCAGUGGCUAACCUGGAAUGUAAGUGUUGGGUUCAAGUGGACAUGAACCCAAUGAGUUUUACUUAAACUGACUAAAUUGCUACUCGGUACUUAGCACCAUGUGUCACUAGUUAGUUUGAUCUCAUACUUUCACUGGGAUGAACCUAAUACUAAAUUUUCCUGGCUGGCUAUUGCGUAUUGACAUCAUGCAAACAUCUCUUAUUUGGUGCUUGAUGGGAAAGCUAUGGGUUUGGCUGCCCUAUCCUACUAUUCACUCUGGAAGUGGUUGGCUGAGUUUGGUGAUGGGACCACAAACUCUGGUUUUUACGUGUAUAUGACGUGGCGAGAUAUAAUGCGAAUAUGUGAGUAACUGCUUCGGUGUACCUUAUGUACUAUGUCCAUCCUUAUUUGUGUAGAGAACAGAAGUCGAAUUGUCUAAGUUAAAUAUUUUAACUACAUGUAAGUUUACAUGCCUCAUCCGUUCGAAGGAAUUUCACGAACUAUCGAGUAGUUCUCUUAUCCCAUAUAUUGGCCUAGGUUUGAUUAAAUCUUUGCGCUGCCAGAGAACUAAUGUGAAAACAAAUCAGUGUGUCAACUAUGGCGUGCUUA